UAUACCUCACGCGGAACAUCAGUAUCUGGCCCGCGUGGCCGAGCAAACACUACACGAUGACUGUGACAGUGGCCAACAGCGAGUCCUGCUACACAACCACCUGCAAAAUGGACGUCGAAGUAUUCUACACAAAUUGGCCUCCAACCAUUUGCAGCAUAAACGGAACGGGAAGCCACACAAGCCUGCACGAGGACACGGACAGUGAGACGCUCCUGCACGAGCUUCAGGUGUGUGACUAUAACUACGACAGACCUAGUGACCUUUUAGAAGUUGGAAAAGUGAACGGCAUAGAGGACAACGCUACAUGCUGGAUAGAGCAUGUCUAUGAUCAGUGGGGCGAUAACGAUAUGGAGCUUUUUACUCUUCGAGAAGAUAACUCUUCGUACACGAACAAAUGGGACUCCUAUAGGUUGUACAAAAAAGAAUGUAUCGUGCCCGGUUCACCGUACACGCCACCCUGUGGCUACAAGCGCGAGAACUACACGUGCCCGAAACACACCGGUUGUAUGACACACAAUGUGACCCAGUCGUACAACGUUUCAAUCAUCUGCAGAGAUGGCUAUGGGGAAAGUGACAAUAGGAACUUCACAUUUUACGUUAACUCAAAUCAAGCUCCUACAUACCUAAACCUGCCAAAUGAAGUUUUUGUGGACAUGAACACGGCCAGUGAACACGAUAUUAUCUUUUCCAUCCUGUAUCGGGACGCCGAAAAAGAGAAUCUAACUUACGAGUAUUCCUUCAUUAAGGAAGAUGAUUUAUCACCUGUGGAUUACUUCAAGGCUGACUCCAGUGGGAAUUAUUUCGAUUCCUUGGGUACCAUCACUUUCACUCAGUUCCUGAAGUAUGAGCCGAAAAAUUCCACCUAUCUGAUACACAUUUGUGGCCACGAACGUCGGAACGAGAUUUGCGAAUAUCUCACUGUCCAUUUACAUGGGGGAUGCUACCAGACGCCAAACUGCACCGACCAGAACAUUCCAGAGUUAUGGGACACCCACGGUAUAGAUGGAAACUACUCACUCUUCCAGAUGAUCAUUCCGCAACCCGCAUACCACUUUCCAUACUUCAGGAGAACGUGGUCUAAGCUCAUGUGGACACUGGACAACGGAGGGUUUGCGGAGGCAGAAAUCAAUUCUGACACUGCACUAUCAGACGAAAUAACUUUAUCGUCGUCAAACCAGUUUGUCAUUGAAACGAUGGAUAGAAAUGAGAACGACACCGUCGACUGUCGAAUAAACAAUGAGGCCGACGACCUGCCUUUCCGAAUUGAGGAAACGUUCUUUGGAUCAGACGGUCGUAACAUUGAAAUGCAGGGUAGACACUAUGAAGAUUUACAGAAUCGCACUCGUUCAAACGAGAACGACACUGCAGAUUAUGAAGAUAUCGAGUCGACAACGCCGCAUUGA